UGCUUGUGGGAAGCAAGAUGGAGGCCCCUAGGUUGACCGAGGGGUGGUGGAGGGGUCCCUCCCCUAAGCCCCAUAGUUGGAGUCUCUCUCUUCGUAGCUAAAAAUGUUUGAUGUGGCCCCACCUCAACUUGCCCUAAACCCCAGUAUUUGUCCAAUAACCUUCCUCUCUCUGGGCCUCAGUUUUCCUUCUGGGCGGUAAAGGGUUGCUGGUUCUUUCAGGGCUGCCGCUUUGGUGAAGGGUGAGGGGGUUGUUGUGAGGUGGGAGACAAGAGGAGCCGUUAAACUCUGGCUUUGGGGUCAGACAGGCUCCACCUUGAAGUGGCCGUGAGACCUCCAUGCUUCAGUUUCCGUGUUUGCAAAAUGGGUCUACUUACCAGGAUGAAAUAAGAUAAUGUCCUUAAAGUAUUUAACACAGCUCCAGGCACUUAGGAAGCCCUCAGAGGUGUUUGUUGCUGCUGUUCUUCCUCUCUGGCCAGGUCUGGGGUGCCAGGAGGAGGGGGGAGGGUGCUGUAGCCUCCAGGAGCUCUGCUGCUUUUCUGCCCCCAUCCCCGCCCCCUCCCCCCACCCGCUGCGCCACAUCUCAGUUUCCUUCUGUUCUGAGCCCCCAUUUCUCCAUUUCCCAUGCCUCUACUUCCUGGAGGUCAUCUGUCAGGCCAGCACGCUGAUCCCCUUGACUUCUGGGGGGCAGUGGGGUAAGUGUUAAGUCCUGGGGCUGCUUCCUUUACAGGUCACCCCGUCCCACCCCCCCUCACCCACCCCCACCCCCCAAGAGAUGAGUGAUGCCCAAGAUCCUGCCACAAUCCCUGCGGUUGGCACCCAGGUGAAGCUGAGGGGCUGGAGCCGUCAAGGGGAGGGGGGUGAGUCUUUCCAUUUCCGCCGGCAUGAGGAGCUCCAGGCCUUCCUCAGCCUUCUGGAGCACAGUUUCCUCCAGGAUUUCCUCUCCAAAGAUCCCUGUUUCCAGAUUUCAGAUAAGUAUCUCCUGGCCAUGGUGCUGGUCUACUUCCGGCGCGCCAACCUGCAGCUCAGCGAGUACACCCACAGCAAUCUGUUCCUGGCACUGUACCUUGCAAAUGACAUGGAGGAAGACCUGGAGGACCCCAAAAGCGUGAUUUUUCUGUGGGCCCUGGGCCAAGAUUGGCAUCAUCGAGUGUCAGACUUCCUGUGUCAGAGGGACAAGCUGUGGGCACGGAUGGGCUUCAGGGCCGUGGUGAGACGCCAGAGCUGCGAGGAGGUCAUGGCCAAGGAGCCGACCCACUGGGCCUGGACUCGGGAGAGGCAUCCCCACCACGGCAGGGCUCAGAGGAGCUACCCAAAGGCCCAGAUCCCCCUCCCCCGGGGCCCCGGCCUCUCGCCACCCCACUGUCCCCUGUGUGGCUUGCCCCCUUGCCACAGCCACCGCUGCCACCAGCCCUGCCCCUUGCCUGUCAUAUCCAAGUGCCCUUCCCAAAACCCUGAGCGGCACCGCCCUCCCUCCCAAGCUUGUCUCUCAGUGGCUGGAGACUCCUGGAGUGGGGCCUUCCUCAUUGUCCUGCCCACCGAGCUGCAACUGGAGCCAGGCACCUACACCCUCCACAUCUUCUCAAAGCUGCUGCCGUGCCCUCGGCGCUGACACUCGCAGGGUGAAGAACAGCCCGUCUGCUCCCUGCUGACCCAGUGCUCUACUGGCUGGGGCCCCUCCGGCCUCCUGUCUACUUGGCCUCAGGCUAGCAGGGCUGCCCAUGCCCCCUGCCCCUUCCUCCCAACCUGCAACUUGUACGCACUCUGACCUGACUCCUCAAAUAAAUUCAUGUCCACAGGACACCAACUGUGCUUAGGCCCUAGUCUGGGUCCCUGACCCAGGGUGGGGGCAGGGAGGGAGCUACCGGGAGAGGGGCAUCUGCCACGUUUAGGUACCAGUGGUUGGAGACCCAUGAGCACAGGUCCUGUAAUAGCUCCUCUCCUCCCAUUCGUGACCAGUCAUCCUGAGCCUGUUUCCCCUUUUUAACAUCCAUGUGGAUGGUGAGAUCCACACAGUGCAGAUGGGACUAAAUGAGAUGAGGUAUCUGCAGUCCUUAGAAGAGGGUCUGGAACCUCCUGGACAAAAAAAUGCUCAGAAGGAAAACGGCUCCAUUGUCAGUCUAGAAAUGCCUGCAGGGUCAGGUCUAUUUAGGAAUGAGCCUUGGUCCUUGCUCUGGGCGGCAAUUGAAUAUAAUGUAAUUAUUAUAAUACAAGACCCCCUCUCCCUUCCCCAAAGUAAGUUUGUUAAUUGGGGAGCAGGGAAGACUCACCCGAGGAGCUGGCAUUUCAACGGGGCCUUGAACAAUGUCAGGUUUGCCCGUGCUCGGGUGGUGGUGUUGGGGUGCUGGUGGUGAGGAACAGUGUUCUUGGAAAGACAGUCCAGAGUAGUGAUUAAGACUUGGUCUCUGGUGCCAGACAGCUUAAGUUCAAAGUCCAGGUUUAUGUGUGACUUUAGCCUGUUAUUUAAUCUCCUCUACUGCCUCAUCUGUAAAAUGGGUAUUACACUAAAAAGGGUGUCGGUUGAGAUUUGAAUGAGUUAAUCCUAGAAGGGUUUAGAACUAGGUUUCAAGAGUAGAGCUCAAAUGUGGGUGUUACUAGUAGAGGGAACUGCUGCCCAGAGAAAGGCUAGAGGGGAACGUACGUUUGGGGAGCGGCCGGAACACAAGACAGAGAAGUCUAAAGGGUCAGGUGGCAGAGGAAUCUGGACGUGAUUCCCCUGCCUCUCUAUGAGUGGCUCCCAAGAAGUAAGGAGGUAAAGCCUGGAGACUGCGACUGUUAGAAGCCAUGACGAGGACUGUAAAGUAUUUGUAAGAGUUUUUCAAAUAGGUAAUAUAUUCACAUGUAUGUUUUGAAUUUUGCACCAAGUGUCACCUUCUGCCCCUGACUCCCAGCCAUCUGGUUCCCCUUCCGGGAAGCAAUGAAAGUAAUAAUUCAUGUCCUGCCAGAGAAAGAAUCUGAAUGUAUAUAACCAAAUGUGGUAUAAUAAAAAUAUACAUAUUUGGUCUUUGUCCU